AUGGCGUCCGAGAAAAUGAAAGAGAUUUUGCAGCAAUUAAAUCUGGGAAUACAAAUAGAGAAAUUUGAAGAGGAGAGAAUAGAUCCACAAGUUAUCCUCGCGUCGAGCGAUAACGAACUUGUUCGCCUUGGCAUUUGUACAAUUGGAGACAGAGUAAGAUUACGGGAAUUGUGUCGAGCAAGCGUGGAAGGUGAUAACCAGUCUAGUUCUGUUCAGGUAGAAAAUGUUGCAUCCCGAGUUGCGAACGAGAGGAAUCUCUUAUUUGCUCCAGGUUCAAGUGCUCGUUUCAAUCGUAGGUCAAAUAGAAACGGAAGUAAUACUGGGAGAAACAAACCUACUCAAAAAUUAAAGAGGCCCUGGACCGUUCACUUUGUGUGUCUGGCAGAUAGAUUAUCAGUAAAAGUACCCAAUGCCCACGAGAAACAAGUUCUCCAUGCAGCUGGUCUGGGGAGCAAAAAGAUUAAGCUUGAUUUAGACGAUGAUGAACAAGCGGUUCUGAUGAAGUUGACUUCAGCAGAAUUGGUGAAUGGACAGGCAGUAGGUUUUCCUCAAUUAAAAGAUUGUGGAGGAUUUGAAAUGAUGAUCUGUUCAGCGAAUUGCAGACAACUAAGCAGUAUGGAUUGUGCAUGGGACGCACAAAGUCUCAAGUCCAGCUUGGGUGGUGGUCAGGCAAAGAUUUACCUGCGGCCAAUACAAAAGUCUAUUUCCACCAAGCCUGUUUCAGAUCAAAAAAGUAAAACUGACUUAAAGGAAAAGUGUCAGAUGUGCAAUAAACUUAUUCUGCUGUCUGACCUCCGGGUUCAUUUUAUGAUAUGCAGCAAGGUUCUCGACUCUGACAACGAAGACGAUGCUUCAACUAGUUGGGAAAGUGCUGAACUUGAAGGAGAAAGUCAAACAGAUUCUACCAUCAUUGACACUCAAGGCACUCAACAAACUGAAGCAAGUGGAUCGGCUGCUCAGCCUAUAACAAUUGAUAAUGAAACAGAAACUCGUUUUGUUUCUAAUGAAGAGCAGCACACUCAAGCUAACUCUGCAAUAUUCAUUGAGCUAAAUGACAUUGAAAUGAAGGUCAAGGAAGUUGCUGAGCACUGUAAACAAACAGGAGUGGGCAAUAAUCCAACAGAAAUUCUACGUCACUUGCAGACGUCUUUGGUUUGUGGAAGGGCACUGGAGGUAACAUCUCCAGACGACUGUCCUGAAGGAAUUACCAACUUCGUGAUGAUUGAUCGUCAGAAUUUACUGCAAACUGCAUUCGAAGAGAUUCAGAGUCUUGAAAACAAGUUUAUCACACUUGAAGUUCAGUUUUAUAAUGAGGUUAGUUUUUAUUUAGUUUCGACCAGUCAUUAAAUACAUAUGGGGGGGGGGGGGGGGAUGGAGGAGAAACUCUAAAUUUGAAACUCUUUGGUGGUUUCUUGAUAUAUGAGCAUCCGUAACCUUGACCUCUUACCCUAACUCCAAUCUUGAUACCUAUUUUGGUUGCUCAUAUAAUGAGAAACCGCCCUGUUGUCGGUGUUCAAUAUCCCCCGGCCCCAUGUAAAUGAAAAAAAAAUCAAUAUGCCCCCCCCCACUCUCCAUCCCCCUCUCUCCAUAUUUAAUGACCGGUCCCUAAGUUACAAAGGGUACGUACAGUAGUCAGUGCAUGGCAUAACCAUUAAGGCCGCAAGGCAAAUCGGAUGCGAUUCAUUUUGUGCUGGUUACGUGUUCUGUAGCCAACACAAAAAUGGUGAUAAAUUCACUGUCACAGCUCUGUGGACACUUAAACCACGAAAAUGCUGUAAUUACUGUUAAAACAAAACUUCGUUGGUGUAAAAUUUACACCCCAUUGUCAAUAGAGCUGCAUUGGAUUUAUACCAAAUUGAGUGAAAACCCAGAAAUUAUGAGUAUUGCUUGUACUAUGCCAAGCUAGGUAUAUGAGGGUGUAUAAUCAAAUUAUUAUAGGGACCACAAAUGUAUCAUUCAUUCACAAGAACUUUUACACUUGGUAUAAUAAAAUUAUUUAGAUUACCUGCAAUGAAGAAAAUACUGACCAAUAGCUUAGUCAAAUGGUUUUAUCAUUUUAGCAAGCACAAGACUAUGGAGGCCCACGGAAAGAGUUUUUUGUUGUUGUUAUUACGUGCAAUCAAAGAGACCUACUUCGAUGA